GGGGCGGCGGGCCGGGCGCGGCGCAGGGCACGCUGGGUGAGCAGUGGUCUCUCCGCGGCCCCGCAGGGAGCCUGCGGUCUCGCUGCCUGAGCUGGCGCCGCUGCUCUGGCGGGAGGGCGCCUGAGCGCGUUCCGCUCUCCCCCCCAACGGUCCGGUCGCGGGGGGCGGCAGGGCAGAGGCGGCCGUAACGGACUGCGGUGGCGGGAGGGUCCCUGCCGCCCCCUCCUCCCGGAGGUGGGGCGGGCGUGGCGGCGCUUUCAGACAUGGAGUCCCAGGUUCGUCGUGAAAGCGUCUGAGGCGCCCGCCCUCCGCCGCCUUGUCCCAGGGCAGGAGAGGCCUCCCGCCGCGGUGGGCCGCGGCCGGCCGGGCGAAGGAGGAAGGGCCGUGCCGACAUGGCCAGCCGCGGCCGGUGGGAGCGUCUGAGGCCGCUGCGGCCGGACACGAUGCAUCCAUCGGUGAUCAACCUGAGUGUGGAUGAUGACGUACAGUUGAUGAGAAAAACUCUGAAAGUCAGAAAGCCUCGGUAUGAUGCAUCUUUGGUUUAUUUGACCCGAAGAUUCAUGGAUCUUGUCAAAACAGCUCCAGAUGGUGUUCUUGAUUUAAAUGAAGUAGCAACAACACUUGGAGUACGAAAACGAAGAGUAUAUGACAUCACCAAUGUAUUGGAUGGAAUCCACUUAAUUCAGAAAAGAUCGAAGAAUCUUAUCCAGUGGAUAGGUUCUAGUCUCGACCAUGUUAUUGGAAAAACACCUGAAAAGCAAAUCCUUAAAGAUGAACUUUCUGAAUUAUCAGCCAUGGAAGAAGCUCUGGAUGAAUUAAUCAGUGAUUGUGCUCAUGAAUUAUUUGAUCUAACGGAUGACAAAGAAACUGCAAAACUAGCUUAUGUGACCUAUCAGGAUAUCCGUAGCAUUCAGGCAUUUCAAGGACAGAUUGUGAUUGCAAUCAAAGCUCCAGAGGAAACCAAAUUGGAAAUACCAAUUCCUAAAGAAGAUUGCAUAGAAGUACAUGUGAAGAGCACAAAAGGACCCAUUGAUGUGUAUCUAUGUGAGGUGGAGCAACAGAAGCCAGAUUCCAAAACUUUUGAAGAUACAGAUACUGCCACUUCUGAAACUGAGUCAUCAGUUCCUCCUGAUGAAGUGAGAUCUCCGGGGGAAGAAGAUAACCACACACCUGAAAUGACAGAUUAAUUACAACUCAAAAAUCUAAUACAGAAUGUAAAUAUCUGUCUUAUAGAACUUUUCCAAAGCCACUCAGAUCUGCAAACUUAGUAGCUGAAAUGUUCCAAAGUGUUUUAAAUUUAAAAUAGCAGUGAGUUGGUGGAAUGCUUUCAGAGGAUUGCUUAUCUUCCCAAGUCAAAAGACAAGAGUUCCUGGAGUUGCUUUUAGGAGCUUUGUUUUCAUAGUUGCAUGUGAUCCACAGAGCUUUGGGUCAGUGGUAUUUUUAGUAUAUGAAACAAUUUUAAAUUGACAGAAGACGUGGGUCAUUCUAAAAAUGAAGACUUCAAAACUAUUUCUGGAGCAUUUCACAAUUCUUACAAUAACAUAUAUAAUAAAGAAAUGCACUUUUCUGAGGCUGCACUACUACUAAGCAGCAUUGUCAGAUAGGAGUGUAAUAAAGAGGCAGCGUCUCGGAAGCCUUCAUUAUAAGGAACAAGGUGUAAAUUUAAUGAAUUAUGCCUUACACUGUGUAGAUGCUGUUUGCAUUGUUUGCAUCCAGCUCUGCAUGAACCAUGGUAUCAACAGUGAAGUUAAAUAUUUUGGCUUUUUGUAUAUAUCUGUAUCAUGUCUAGGUAGUUACUGAUGUAGAUUUACUGAGAUGGUCUGCAUUUCUGCCUUUGUACAGCAAAGAAAUAAAAUGAGCUUAUAAAAAUACUAAA